AUGCCUCUCUUCGGAUCUAGCAAGCACAAAGAGGAAGCCCCUCGUCGAACAGAUCUCCGACGUGACCAGGGGUUCACUGACCCAGCCACCACCCACAACAGUGCGAACCAACCUCCUCUUCCUCCCCGUCACGGAGGAACCGGUCACGCCCAGCCCGGUCACCAAGCGGUAGGUGAUACCAACUACACCGGUCAAAACUUCGGAUACAAUGAUAAUGCCAAUCGUGCCAACUACACCGGUACCGCAGGGUCCGGUCCUGGAAACGCUAAUAUCCCCGGCGUCCCCCCUGCGGCCCACCACUCCGGAGGCAGAGCAAGUGGUGCAGCUGGGCCAACUACCGGGAGCGGGGGCGGGGGCGCCGGCCAACGCAUGACAGGCAAAGUCGAGGAGGCCAUUGGUACGGCUUUCAACAGCCAAUCCAUGCAGGCCAAAGGCCUUGAAAAGCAACGGGAAGCUGAUUUGGUGAAGAUGCAAGGAGCGGAAUUGGCAGAGGCGGAAAGGUUGGAGAGAGAAGCACAGAGGCAUCGAGAACGUGCCACUGCUCCGAUGGGGCAUGGUCCGCACACCAAUGACACGCAGUUCGGUGGAGGAAGAGACCGCUUCUAA